AUGACUACAUUCCUUGUUCAAGAAGACACUUACAAUUCGAACAGUCUCGACUACAAAAUACGGAGAGUACCGGAAUCCUUUAGCACCUUCGUCAUUGACUUCAAGGCUUUCUUUGGUGUCAAACCCCAGCAUGUCAGCCGCAGGUUUAGCAUCUCCCUCUCAGACCUCAGCUACCAGCCAAAGAUUUAUAAGCCCCGUGCCGACUGGGCAGUGACUGCUGCGUUCACCUCCUUCGAGGCGCUCCAGGCUUCCACUCUUGAUCCAGUGCAACGCUUUGCAACUAUCGGUACUGGCUCAGGCACCGACGCCAUUGCAGCGCUGGAUGUCUUUCCUCACCUCCGCAGCAUCGUCAUGACAGAUCUCCAUGAUGAAGUUGUCGACAAGGCCAAGAUCAAUCUGAUGUCUGCCGCUGAGAAGGCCGAUGGCCGGGUGAGGGCAGUUGCCAGAGAUGCCACUGGACUGUCUGGUCAUAGCUUAGUACCCCUUAAGGGCCAGGUGCCUUUUGACCUGAUAUAUGAGAACUUGCCCAACAUUCCACUGCCAGAAGACGCUGAUCUCCUGGACGGUCAGACCUCCUCCACCUAUUUCGACUGCUCAGACGUCUCGGGGGUUGUCCCCUCGUUUGUAUCCAAGGCUCUUCUUGACCUCCACUAUGUCUGUCUGCUGCAGGCAAGGACCUUCGAUCUGCUCACCGAAACCGGUGUCGUCCUAUCAAGCAUUGGCGGCAGAGUCCCAAUUGACACCAUGCUCCAGCUAGCAGAUGCAGCAGGCUUCACCGGAAGAAUUCUGUCCAUGUCUUGGAAGGUGCAAAGUGAACCAGACUCGGUGAUUGAAGGGUAUGCGACUCAGCAGGAAAAGGGACUUGGACCGUUUUAUUUCUAUCGCGUGAGUACACUACGGCGUAUUUUCGGUCACUUAACGGGAGCUGAGGCCGGACUCCGUGCGCUGGAGAUCGAGAACGAGCUUCGGCCAGACCGCCUGGAUGCAGUGACGGCUUUAAAAGCUCACAAACAAGGUAUAGAUAUCGGUCACCCAGUUGUCGUUAUGGCUAGCACUAGACAAUGA